AUGGGCACGCCGCGGACCCCUCAGAAUACCAUGACCAACACGGUCUACCCAACCCCGAACUCUAUCAGAUUUAGACCACAGACGAGCAAACCCCUCGACCCGACCUAUCUUCCUGUGGUAGAUGACCAUCGGGCAUCAGAUGACGAAUAUGAACGGCUGCCAUCCGGAACGGCCUCGAAACGACCCCGGAAAUUGAACGACCCUACUUAUUGCCCUGCUGAAGACGAUCACCAGCAAUUAGACGAUAAGUAUGAGUGGCUCCCAUCUGGGACGAAACGCGCUCGGAAAUCCAAGGCCAACGAUCCGACAUACCUUCCUGUAGUGGACGAUCACCGGCAUUCAGACGACGAAUACGAAUGGCUCCCGCCGGAGACAAAAAGAGCUCGCAAAUCCAAGACCAUCGAUCCGACUUAUCGUCCGGAAUAUGUACCUGGCGAUAGCGAUGAUGAAUCUAUGUCACCUACAGAAAGACGGCUUUCCCGCAAGCGAAAGGGGAUAUCUAGCGCGGUCACUAAGACGGUUGAAGGUCAGCAUUUGUUCAUGAGGCCACCGAAGCGAGCCAAGGUGUCAAGCGGAGUGGACGCACGAGUCAAAGCCAAAACCAAAAGCUCGCCUCGUCUGGCGGACAUAACGGACCAUACUCAUAACCAUACUGAGCGACCUACUACCCCUAAAAGCCAGGCCUUGAAUCCUACAAUCUACCCGACGCCUUCUUCUCUUCUCGAUGGUUUUUCUGGUAAGGAUACUUCGUUUCAGUCUCACUUUGUCAAUGCCAAGUCCCCCAUCUUGGAUCCGGGAAGCUCCCUAGAGCCCGAGCUGCCUGAUGACGAGAAUAGAGAUCCAUCCUGGGGCUCCCCCAAGUCACUAAAGAGAGGUAGAAGUGCGUCCAGGGAAGUGGAUGAUGAUAACUUAUAUCAUCCUCCGUCUAAAUCUGUUAAAACGGCCUUUUUCAGGCGACAGCUUUUCACCGACGCUAACGACGGGCUGAGCGAUGGAGAUGACGAGUACGAAUAUGGUGAUGAACGUGGCGUCUCCAAAAGCGAGACAAAAGGCGUCGUCUACGACUUCUCUCUGGAGCGAGCCAAGCGCUGGGUUGCAGCUGUUAGCUUGCCCGAGGACGCUUGGAGCGAAGCAGAAAAGGAACUCUUCUUUCGGCUGGCAAUGCGCGGCUUCGAGCCUCUACUGCCCUUGCACUGGCAGCAUGACUUUUCGACGCUUCCCAAUACCAUGUUCCCUCUUCCUGAAGAUGAAACAGUUCCAAUCAUUCGAGCCUGCAAGCAAUCUGAUUUUCAUGCCAUCAAGUCUCUUCUCGGCUUAUUCUCUCUUGGUGGGCAGGUGAGAGACUGCAAUAUUCUACGGACCAGACCAGAGGACAAGAUCAGAAAAGCAAUCAAAAGAUAUGUCCGCUGGGCUAUGAGGGAUGCAGAUAUACACGACAAACCCGGAACAAUUCCCGUCUACACGAUUCGUUCCCAGAAAAAAGGAGAAUCAGUCGUCUCUGCUGUCUCAAAGCUCAACAAUCGUCUGGGAAAGCUCGCAAAACGGUACCACGACUCACUAGGAAUUUCGUCACGCGCCACUAGUCCACGUAGAGUGAAAACGACAGGUGCCCAAAUCAAGCAAGGGCUCGAUACAGGUCUGAAAAUCACUUCUCGCCGCAACUUUCCCCUUCUAGUCGGCUUCGUGAUUUGCGGUCCGAUUGUUGCCAUCUUGACGCUCGAUACGGAUCCGCUCAGUCCCAAGGGUUGGGGCGAGGGUACGGGGAGCAAAUUCAUUUCUCAAUUUGAUGUUGGAGAGCGGGGGCAGGAUGUCUGGACUUCGCUGGCUCUUGCAAUUACGAUUAUGCAUAUUCGAAAGACUAUGAUACAGUUGGCGGAUGGUGGUAAGGGUGGAUUUUGUAGGAAUGGGGAAGAUGUGCUUGUUAGUGAGGAUGAGGAUCUUUGA